AUGGCGAUGUCCACCCCGGCCACCGUGGUGCUGGAGAUGAUGACGAUGGGGCAGCAGUCCGCGGCGCAGCUUAGGGAGCUGCUCAGGGCCGCGUCGCCGCCGACGGAGGCGGAGCGCGGCCAGGCGCUCACCGCGGAGAUCCUCCGCUGCUGCGACCGCGUCAUCGCCGCGAUGAGCGGGGUCGCCGCCGGCAGGAAGAGGAAGGCGAUCACGGAGCACGGUGACAUGCCGUCCAAAAGAAGGGCGCGUGGUGCGGCGGCGGGUCGGGAGGUCCGGUGCGGGACGACGGCUGACGGGUUCGUGUGGAGGAAGUACGGGCAGAAGGACAUCAAUGGAAGCAAGAACCCGAGGUUCUACUACCGCUGCGCGUACAGCGCCGAGGGCUGCGGCGCGACUCGCCGGGUGCAGCAGUCGCAGGAGGGCCCCGUGGCGUUCGUGAUUGCCUACUACGGCGAACACACGUGCGGAGGCGGCGCCGGCGGCGAUCCCUGUCAGCAAGAGGCACGUGCGACGAUGCCUCCUGCCGUCGUCGACUCUGGCUCGAACGCUGGCGGAGUCGUCGGGGUCGUCGAUUGGUAUCAGAAUGUGGAAGAAUCUCCUCGGCCGUUGCUCGACGCCGAGCAGAGUUGGCGCCAUCACGGCGGUGAGACGUCGCGGGGACGGUGGUCGUCGUCUUCCUCCUCGUCCUCGGAAGCGGAAAUAGGAACAUCUCCUGUACAGGAGUUUCUAGAAGGCAGCCUCGGAGUCGGAUGGGAAUGCGUCGUUAAUUACCUUGGUUUCAGUAGUGAUCUCCCUCAAACUGCUAUUCUUCAGUAG